CUAACCACUAAACUACAGCCACUUUUGUUAAUAAAAAUAUCAUACACAGAUAUGUAUUGUUUAUCAAAAUCACAGCAAAGUGUCUGAAAUGGUUACAAAAUAAAAGUAUUACUACCAAGUACCAAGAUUAGAAAUCAUCAGUCAUUGACGCUCCCAAGAAAAUGCUUACCUCCACAUCCACCAUCAUCACUUCUCCUCAUGCACUCAUUUUCUCUCUCCUCUUACCAACACUCACACUCUUAUCUCUCUCCUCACCUUCAUCUUCUUCCCUCAAUGAUUCUCUCACCUACAUUUGGCCGUUGCCGGAAUAUUUCACUUCCGGCGACGAAACUCUCACCGUCGAUCCCGACCUUUCACUCUCUUUUUCCGGCGGUUCUCCGAUCAUCUCCGACGCUUUUUUCCGGUACAAACGCCUUAUUUUCACUCACGCUUUUAAAAUUCCCGCUGGAUUUCGCUCUCUCCGGUUCAGUGGUCCCAGUUUUGACAUCGGCGUUCUUCAGAUCGUUGUUCACUCUUCCAGUGAAGAGCUUCAACUUGGAGUGGACGAGAGCUACAUUUUGAAGAUAUCUGGGAGAGAUGAUCACUCCAUUGUUGGAGUCAUCACGAUUGAGGCCAAUACUGUAUAUGGUGCAUUGCGGGCAUUAGAGACUUUCAGCCAGUUAUGCACAUUUGAUUAUAUAUCAAAAACUGUGAAAGUUUUCAAGGCUCCUUGGUAUAUUCAAGACAAACCAAGGUUUGCAUAUCGUGGACUUCUUAUUGAUACUUCUCGACAUUAUUUACCCUUAAAUGUUAUCAAGCAUAUAAUUGAUUCCAUGUCAUAUGCUAAACUUAAUGUUCUUCAUUGGCAUAUCGUGGAUGAGGAGUCUUUUCCUCUUGAAACACCGUCGUAUCCAUAUUUGUGGAAGGAUUCAUACUCAAAGUCGGAACGAUACACAGUUGAGGAUGCUUAUGAAAUCGUUAACUUUGCAAAGACAAGAGGUAUUAAUGUCAUGCCAGAGAUAGAUGUUCCUGGUCAUGCUGAAUCAUGGGGUGUUGGCUAUCCUGAUCUCUGGCCUUCUUCUUCUUGUAAAGAGCCACUUGAUGUUUCUAAAAAUUUUACUUUCGAUGUGGUUUCUGGCAUUUUGACAGAUCUGAAAAAGAUCUUCCCAUUUGAGCUAUUCCACUUAGGAGGUGAUGAGGUUAAUACAGACUGUUGGAAUUCUACAGCACACAUAAAGCAAUGGAACAUGAUAUCUAUUCGAGGAACUGUUCAAAUCUUGAUUAACAUUUCAUUCAUGGCUUUAGAAUUUUCAAGGUUGCAUGACCGUAAUAUGACUCGAAAAGACGCCUACCAGUAUUUCGUACUUAAAGCUCAGGAAAUAGCUAUUACAAAUAAUCGAACACCUGUCAACUGGGAAGAAACGUUUAUAAGUUUCCCGACAAAACUAAAUCCAAGAACGAUUGUGCAUAACUGGCUGGUCUCUGGAAUCUGUCCUAAGGCUGUCGCUAAAGGUUUUAGAUGUAUAUUCAGCAAUCAGGAUGUUUGGUACCUUGAUCAUUUAGAUGUUCCCUGGCAACCUGUCUACAAGGCAGAUCCCUUGGAGAAUAUUACUGAUGUCACUCAGCAAAAGUUAAUUCUUGGAGGAGAAGUUUGCAUGUGGGGUGAGACAGCUGAUACUUCAGAUAUUCAGCAAACUAUAUGGCCACGAGCAGCUGCUGCUGCAGAACGCUUAUGGAGCAGGAGAGGUGCUACAUCUGAAGGAAAUAUAAGCAUAACAGCUCUACCCCGACUGCAUUACUUCAGAUGCCUCCUGAAUAUGCGUGGGGUUCAAGCUGCUCCUGUCACUAACUAUUAUGCUCGACGUCCUCCUACUGGUCCAGGAUCUUGUUAUGAACAAUGAUCGUGGGAUUAUCUAUGUACAGUUGUUAUGAUGGUCGCACAAAACUACUGAUGAGCUCCAAUUUGUGGUAAUUGUUCAAACAAGUUGAUAUGGAGCUUGAAGUGCAUGCUGAGUUGCUGACAGCCCAGAAGCUUGUUUCGUCGUUGUGCAUAUACCUUAUUAAAAUGUACUUGUGGGAUUUGGGUUUGUUUGUUCGGCUGAUUGGGGAUGCUCUAGGGUUGUGGAUAUGGAUCGGCAUUCGGAAUCCGAAUGUUACCUUACCUGCCUUUAUUUUGGUGCAUAGAUUCUGGAAAUCUACCCCUCUGUAUUACCUCAGACUUCCUUUGAACUUUGUUGCUGCUUUUAUUUUUCUUUCAAUUUCUUCCAAUAUUGUAUCAUUUGUGGAAUUUUCCUUGAGAUAAGGUGGCCUACUUGUAUCUUUACCUUUGUAAUAAAAAAAGUGUUUUUCUAUGAUA